AGACGGAAAACAGGGCGUAGGCUAUAUGCUGACAUAUACUGAUAGGGAGAAAAUCCGAGCCAUCUGACGUGGAAGGAUUUAUAGGUUUAGACGAAAUUGCUUUCCGACAGUGAGAUCAAAUACAGUGGUAUGUUUCAGUGUGUAUAUGUGUCUGUAGUAUUUCACAUUGAUUUGGCGCCAACGGUAGCCUACCAAGGAUCAUGCCCGAGUCACGUAAAACUUUUUCACUGUAGCCUUUAUUUUCUGAAACUGGACUUUUGGACAACUGGGUCCAGAACGCUGUCAGUGUGGAAAUUAUGUCCACGGAUGUCCUACUACUGCUGCUACUUGCCUGGAUGGUCGGUGCUUCUGGGAGAUCAAUUGGUCCGAGGGGACACGUGCGUCAGACCUACAGCCAAAUCAGAUUCAUACGAGAAGUACCAUCGACUGUACAAGGACGUCAAAAAGUUAGCAGCCCUAUACUGAGAAGAAGUCCAGAUAUGACCAAAACCACCAUGACAAAGUCAGAGCAGCUUUUAAGCAUAAAUGACCACGACUUCACAAUGAGGCCUGGCUUUGGAGGACACACUGUUCAAGUUGGAGUUGAUGUUCAGGUAGAAAGUCUGGACACAAUCUCAGAAGUUGACAUGGACUUCACCAUGACCUUGUAUAUUAGGCACUACUGGAAAGAUGAGCGCCUUUCUUUCCACAGCACCACCAAUAAGAGCAUGACCUUCGACGGGCGCCUGGUCAAGAAGAUCUGGGUGCCAGACCUGUUCUUUGUCCACUCCAAGAAGUCUUUCACACACGACACCACCACAGAUAAUGUCAUGCUGAGAGUCUACCCUGAUGGCAAGGUGCUCUACAGCUUAAGGGUGACGGUGACAUCCAUGUGCAGUAUGGACCUGAGUCGCUUCCCUCUGGACACACAGACCUGCUCCCUGGAGAUCGAGAGCUAUGCGUACACAGAUGACGACCUGAUGCUGUACUGGAAGAAAGGGAACAAUUCCCUGAGUACUGACGAAAGGAUCUCCCUCUCCCAGUUCCUCAUCCAGGAGUUCCAUACUACCAGCAAAAAAUCCUUCUACAGCAGCACAGGCUGGUACAACCGUCUGUACAUCAACUUCACCCUGCGACGCCACAUCUUCUUCUUCCUGCUGCAGACCUACUUCCCUGCCACUCUGAUGGUCAUGUUGUCCUGGGUGUCUUUCUGGAUCGACCGCCGGGCCGUGCCGGCCAGGGUUCCUCUGGGUAUCACCACGGUGCUCACCAUGUCCACCAUCAUCACUGGAGUCAACGCCUCCAUGCCCAGGGUUUCCUACAUCAAAGCUGUGGACAUUUACCUCUGGGUCAGUUUUGUGUUUGUGUUCUUAUCGGUGAUAGAGUACGCUGCAGUGAACUACCUGUCUACAGUGCAAGAACGGAAGGAAAGAAAGCUACGAGAAAGGCUGCCCUGCACCUGUGGCAUGACCCACCCAGGCAUGAUGGGUAGCUACAGUGAGGAUGAUGUCAACAACACUGGGAACUAUGGCGGUGAGCCGAUGGAGAACGGCGCUGCAAUGCAGCAAAGGAUGAUGGUCCAUCUGGACUUUGAGGAGAACGACCAGAUCACAGGACACGUGGGCUCCAGCGCUUACAGCAGCAUGUGGAUCGACACCCACGCCAUAGACAAGUACUCCCGGGUCAUCUUCCCUGGGUCCUAUAUUCUGUUCAACAUCAUCUACUGGUCCUGCUACCUCUAACACUGCACAGAAUGGGAUGGAGGUAGACAUACCCACAGAACUAGAAUGAAUUCUAUUAAUUCUAAUGUGUUAUAUUAAUUAUAUUAUUUUUUUACGAAAAUACCCAGGGUGUAUGCACCUGGAAAGGAACCACAACUCUGACGAUGUGAUGAUGCAAAAUGCUAAAACAUGGUACCUGGAUUUCUGUACCUGAGAUAUAGAGGGCAUGCCAUGCACAGCACACGGAUUCAAACACAGCAGUUAUUGUCAUUUUGAACACCUAUAUGUUGGUGUUUUAUAUGUCCGGGGAAGUAAUGAGUUCAUGUAAUGAUUAAUAAGUAAUGGGCUGGCUUGUAUCCGUAGCUGAAAACUUCAUUGAGUUUUUAUCCACAUUGAGAAUUGCAAAACUGUCAUUUAGUUUAGUUGUCAUUGCCAAUAUAAACUCAGCAAAAAAAGAAACUUCCUCUUACUGUUAUUUUCAGCAAACUUAACAUAUGUAAAUAUUUGUAUGAACAUAACAAGAUUCAACAACUGAGACAUAAACUGAACAAGUUCCACAGACAUGUGAUUAACAGAAAUUGAAUAAUGUGUCCCUGAACAGAGGGGGGGUCAAAAUCAAAAGUGACAGUCAGUAUCUGGUGUGGCCACCAGCUGCAUUAAGUACUGCAGUGCAUCUUCUCCACAUGGACUGCACCAGAUUUGCCAGUUCUUGCUGUGAGAUGUUACCUCACUCUUCCACCAAGGCACCUGCAAGUUCCCGGACAUUUCUGGGGGGAAUGGCCCUAGCCCUCACCCUCUGAUUCAACAGAUCCCAGACGUGCUCAAUGGGAUUGAGAUCCGGGCUCUUCGCUGGCCAUGGCAGAACACUGACAUUCCUGUCUUACAGGAAAUCACGCACAGAACGAGCAGUAUGGCUAGUGGCAUUGUCAUGCUGGAGGGUCAUUGCAGGAUAAGCCUGCAGGAAGGGUACCACAUGAGGGAGGACGAUGUCUUCCCUGUAACGCACAGCGUUGAGAUUGCCUGCAAUGACAAGCUUAGUCCUAUGAUGCUGUGACACACCGCCCCAGACCAUGACGGACCCUCCACCUCCAAAUCGAUCCCGCUCCAGAGUACAGGCCUUGGUGUAACGCUCAUUCCUUUGACAAUAAACGCGAAUCCGACCAUCACCCCUGGUGAGACAAAACCGUGACUUGUCAGUGAAGAGCACUUCUUGUCAGUCCUGUCUGGUUCAGCGACGGUGGGUUUGUGCCCAUAGUCGACGUAGUCGCCGGUGAUGUAUGGUGAGGACCUGCCUUACAACAGGCCUACAAGCCCUCAGUCCAGCCUCUCUCAGCCUAUUGCGGCCAGUCUGAGCACUGAUGGAGGGAUUGUGCGUUCCUGGUGUACUUCGGGCAGUUGUUGUUGCCAUCCUGUACCUGUCCCACAGGUGUGAUGUUCGGAUGUACCGAUCCUGUGCAGGUGUUGUUACACAUGGUCUGCCCCUGCGAGGAUGAUCAGCUGUCUGUCCUGUCUCCCUGUAGCGCUGUCUUAGGCGUCUCACAGUAUGGACAUUGCAAUUUAUUGCCCUGGCCACAUCUGCAGUCCUCAUGCCUACUUGCAGCAUGCCUGAGGCACAUUCAUGCAGAUGAGCAGAGACCCUGGGCAUCUUUCCUUUUGUGUUUUUCAGAGUCAGUAGAAAGGCCUCUUUAGUGUCCUAAGUUUUCAUAACUGACCUUAAUUGCCUACCGUCUGUAAGCUGUUAGUGUCUUAACGACCGUUCCACAGGUGGAUGUUCAUUAAUUGUUUAUGGUUCAUUGAACAAGCAGUGUUUAAACCCUUUACAAUGAAGAUCUGUGAAGUUAUUUGGAUUUUUACGAAUUAUCUUUGAAAGACAGGGUCCUGGAAAAGGGACGUUUCUUUUUUUGCUGUUUAAGAUGCUAUAUUGGAUUGUUGGAAGAUACAUUUUUUCAAAGCCUAUGAGAACUAAUGCAAAAGUCACACUACAGUAGAAUAACGCAUUCCCUAAAAAUCUUAACAUUACAUUUGAUCAGUUUCAUGUAGAGCUAUCCGUCAUGUUAGUCAUUGCAGGUGCUAUGGCAGGUGCAGUGAAAUGCUUAUGUUACUAGCUCCAAUAGUGCAUUAGGAUGUCUUGCAGAUACAAUAAAAAUACACAAAUAAGAAAAAAAUUCCAAACAAGAAUUCAAGAAAUAACAAUCCAAGUAGAUACAGUAUAUUACAGUGAGCAUGUGUGAGCAUUAUGUUAAAGAUACAAAGUAAAGGUCACUCGAAAGCAUCAAUAAUUUUACUGUUUAAGUUAGGGAACAAAGCUAUACCAAAUACUUUCUGUACCAAUAAGUACAUGAAUGUGCAGAUUUUUUUAUGAGAUCAGAUAUACAGUAGCAUCCAGAUUUGCAUGUCUUGGCAAAUAUCAUAUCAAAUAUAUAUCAAAACAAAUGGUGUCCAAAUGGUUAUUUCAAACUGUGCUAUACAAUGUCGGGAUCAUUUUGUGUAUUGUGGUUUCAAAUGGGCCAUUACACCUAUUUUUAUUGUGUCCCCCCUUCUCUGGGUAUGCUUGAAUAUGUAUUGAAUAACUACUUAAUAACAGUACUUGUACAGUAUUUUAGCAUAAAUCUGUCAACUGAUUCUUCUUACAUUAUCUCCUGCACUACUUUCAGUUUCUGACCACCCUUCCCAUCUAUUUUAGUGUUUGAUUCAACAUGUGUGACAGGUAAAUGGGCUAUUGACAUGAUGAUUUUGUAACUCAGUUUCUGAAACAAUAAGUAAUUGAUUAAAAUGUUUUCUUCUAUUUGCUCUUUACGAAUUCUGUACAUUGUUCUUACAUUUAAUUAAUAGGCUUCCGUCCAGAUAUGAUAAUGACUGUUUCAUUCACAUGCAAUGAAAUGUAAUGGAUGAAUAGACUGAAGAAACCCCCCCAAAUUAUGAGCAUCUGUAGACUUUUAUCAGAUUUAUUAUUCAAUUCCCUGAAUGGAGAAUAUAUAAACCUUCCUUUCCAAUGCAUUUAGGCUUAUCUAAUGCAACAUUGCUAUGACAUCUGUUUGCAAUUAAGCCUAAUUUCAACCAAAGCCUGAAAAGGUACACUACCGUAGAAAAGUUUGGGGUCACUUAGAAAUGUUCUUGUUUUUUAACGUAAAACACAUUUUUUGUCCAUUAAAAAAACCUCAAAUUAAUCAGAAAUACAGUGUAGACAUUGUUAAUGUUGUAAAUGACUAUUGUAGCUGGAAACGGAUGAUUUUUAAUGGUUUAGAGCACCUGAACCAAUGUAAAAGUAUGGGUGGAUUCCAGGUACAAUAAAAUACACAUUGCCAAAGUCUGUGGAGCCAGUGGAGAUAACAAACUAUCAAAGUUAUUUCGUUCUACGUUACAGCAUUAAAGUUCUUUGCAUAACAAGAAUGUUGCUUCCUAGUUCUUCUGAUGACCACAAGAGGGCCUGUGGAAAAUCACAGGGAGGAAUGCAUGGUUGAGUUGGAGUUUUACCAGUGGAGACUUUGAGAACCUCUUCAUUUGUAGCGAAUUCGCUCCCCAAAGCCUUGCCUUUUACCUCAUACAACCCCCGCAGGGUGAGAUUCUGCAGUACGUUGUAAAAGGCAUUCCUUGCUAACUCCAGUGUAACCUUAAAAAAGAGUGUGCAAAACUGUCAUCAAGGCAAAGGGUGGCUACUUUGAAGAAUCUCAAAUAUAAAAUAUAUUUUGAUUUGUCCAACACGUUUUUGGUUACUACAUGAUUCCAUAUGUGUUAUUUCAUA